UACAAGAAACUACGUAUCUUCAUUCUUCACAAUCACAAUAACAAUAACAAUGGCUUCUUCUCAAACCGCUGUUCUUCCCCCAACAGAAUCCAGGACACUCUUUGAUGCUUCUUGGGGAAAGCUUUCAAAUGUACCCACCGAAUUCGUAUGGCCUGGUAGCGAAAACCGCUUGAACCUUCCAGAACUCCAAGUUCCACAGAUCGAUUUGAAGUCUUUCCUCUCCGGGGAUCCUAAAACCGUUGAAACUCUUUGCGCCGAGGUUAACGAGGCCUGCAAGAAGCAUGGAUUCCUCAUCCUUGUUAACCACGGCGUCGACGCGGAGCUCGUGGCCACAACCGAAAAGCUAAUCGAUGAGUUCUUUACCUUGCCCAUGGAGGAGAAGCUGAGGGCUGAGAGAGUGGUUCCAAGUCCUUGGGGGUAUGCUAGUAGCUUCCUUGGAAGGUUCCAUUCCACUCUUCCAUGGAAGGAAACUCUUUCAAUAAAUUACUGUGCUGAACCUAACCGGAAGACCGUAGAGGAAUACUUUGCUAGGGUUUUGGGGGAAGAUUACAAGCGAUUUGGAACUACCUUGGAAGAGUACGGUGAAGCCAUGAGUAAUGUUUGCCUGGUACUGAUGGAGCUACUUGGAUUGAGCUUAGGUGUUGGGCGCAAAUAUUUCAGAGAUUUCUAUGAAGACAAUGAAUCUGUGAUGAGGCUGAAUUACUAUCCUACAUGCCAGAGACCUGAUUUGGCCCUAGGAAUUGGGCCCCACUGUGACCCUACAUCCUUAACCAUACUUCAUCAAGAUUUAGUGGGUGGUCUACAAGUGUUUGCGGAUGAUCAAUGGUACUCUGUGUCUCCAAAACAAGGAGCUUUUGUUGUCAAUAUUGGUGACACUUUCACGGUAUUAUUAGACUAAAACUCUAAAUUAGUC